GUGAGGGAUCUCAGGAGGUAGUCCAGUCUGACCCGGCCAAGGAUGAUGUCCGAAGGGGAGAAGGUCAAGCGGCCCAUGAACGCCUUCAUGGUCUGGUCGAGUGGGGAGCGCCGCCGCAUGGCGCAGGCUUUCCCGCAGAUGCACAACUCAGAGAUCUCCAAGCGUUUGGGGGCGGCCUGGAAGGAGCUCCCGGAGGCCCAGAAACGGCCCUUCCUAGACGAGGCCAAGCGCCUCCGCGCCCGGCACCUGCGCGAACACCCCGACUACAAGUACCGGCCCCGACGGAAGGGCAAGGGCAAGGCGCGGAGAGCACAGGACCCAUGGACACCGACACUCCCAGAAUCCCCUGGCGGGAAUGGGACCCCCGGUGCCACACAUAGCAGCCUAGCCUACAGCAUGCAGUCCACUCUGGCAUUUGCUCCGAUGGGAAAGGAAACUGGCACGCAGCUUGAACCGCACUCUUACCCACUCAGCGACUUCCACGACAUGAUGGUGGCCUAUGGGCUGCAGGGCUGUGACUUUGCGGAAGGGGUGGCUCACUACAGCGGACUCCCCCAGCCUCCCUACCAAACCCUGGGCUUCAACAGCACGGUCCCUCUGACCCACCUGUAACUGGGUGUGCAUGGGCGAGCGCAUGAGAGACUGUCACCAGGCCUGUGGCUUCUACAUGUGCAGAGAAGACAUUGUGAGUUGUUAGUUUAGUUUCUGCAAUUAAGGGGGCAGGACAUUUCUAUUUUCUUUUUUACAAAAUGAAGGAACCAUGUUCAGAAUUUUUUUGGGGGGAUGUGGGUGAGAAACAGGAACUCCUGCUGGCGGGUCCCUUGAAUUGUGGGAUGGGGGAAGGACAUCCUUUCACCCUGAAAUGCCCUCUAUGGUCACCUGUUUUCUCUCCAAAGCCUAAUGAUGGUUCUAUGGUUGUGGGGUGAGGCUUCCCAACUCAAUGGGGGCAAGAGAAGAGAGAUGGAUGGGAACAUCAGCCACAAAAUAGGUUGGGGAGCAUUUUGUACUGAGCAUAACUACAUUUUAAAAAAGCUUCUUUUUAAGAUUAUAAAUAAAAUUUGUUUAUAAGGA